AUGGUAAUUUCGAAAUCCAUGCUAAUUUUUCUUCUUCUCUGUCUUUUCUUGCUGUUUUCCGGCGACGCCGCUCCUUAUUACCGCCGGCACCGCCGUGGGAUGCCGCGAAGAGUAUAUGACGUCAGAAGCUACGGAGCAGUUCCAGACAGAAUCACCGAUAACGGCAUGGCGUUUGUGAGGGCAUGGAACGACGCGUGCAGAAGCCGGGGAGGCAUGGCGGCCGUCCGAAUCCCCAAAGGAGAGUAUUUGGUGAAAACGGCGUCGUUUCGAGGUCCCUGCACUGGUCCGAUUCUUUUCGUGAUCGAGGGGACCCUCCUCGCCCCUACCGACCCUUCCACCUUCUUCUCCGACACUUGGAUUGCUUUCCAGUACGUUAAUAACUUAGACCUCCGCGGCGGCGGCCUUCUCGACGGCGGCGGCGCCGCCGCCUGGAAAUACAACGACUGCGCCACCAAUUCUAAUUGCAGACAUUUGCCUGUGUCGUUGAGGCUCGAUUAUGUGACGAAUUCGAGAGUUCACCAUCUCCGAUCGGCGGACAGCAAGAGCACACACAUGCAUCUCUUCGGAUGCUCCAACGUCGUCAUCACCAAAGUGUCUAUAACAGCUCCGAGCGAGAGCCCCAACACCGACGGGAUAACCGUCGGCGUGUCGAGCCACAUUGUCAUCUCCGGCGCCUACAUUGGCACCGGCGAUGACUGCAUCGCCUUAAUUUCCGGCAGCCGCGACGUCGACAUUUCCGGCGUCACCUGUGGGCCUGGCCACGGCAUUAGCAUCGGGAGCCUCGGCCGCGGCCACGACCAUGAUUACGUCGACAAAAUUCGUAUCACAAAUUCGACUCUAAUCGGUACCGACAACGGCCUUCGGAUCAAGACUUGGGCGCCGUCUUCCCCGUCGCAAGCUUCGAACAUCUUUUACGACAACAUCGUCAUGCAAAAUGUCCGAAACCCGAUUAUGAUCGACCAGCAGUAUUGUCCGAGUAAAUCUUGCCCGCAAGGAAAUUCGCUCGUCCAGCUCGAAAAUGUAACGUUCCAGAACAUUCGAGGGACGUCGAGCAGCGAAGUAGCCGUGAAUUUGAAGUGUAGUAAAUCGCGGCCGUGUAAGAAUGUGAAGCUGAUCGAUAUCGACUUAUCCUACCGCGGGCGAGGCAAGGCCGCGGCUCAAUGCUCGAAUGUUCUCGGAGUUUCUUAUGGGAUAAAGAGGCCCGGCGGAUGCGUUUAG